ACUCUCGGGAGCCACAGCUUGUAACGGGGAAAUGGAAAACAAAUCACUUCACACACAGAGAAGGCAGAAACUUCACGUCUGUGCUGCAGAAUGCAUGUGGCAGCCACGGAGAAGUGGUAACAGAAAGGAUUAGUUGCUGAUUACUAUUCUGAGCAACUCUGCUUCACACGGGUUACUUUUGUAAGCUACAGAUGCCAGUGCUAGAUGUGAUUUGAGCACAGCAGCCAUACAGGAACAGGCAGAAGCCAGCAUGGUUCUGUCACCAGAAGUGCGCAUGUCUGCUCCCCUUUCUUACAUGACUGCCUGUCUGCCGGGAGCUUCUUAGUCCUGCUGAAUUAGUGAACAGACCACACUUGGAGGGGUUUAAACCAACAGCAGACAUGAGCUUUACCAUCGAGGAGAAGGGCAGGCCGAACACCCAGGAGUACAGGGUGUAUUUCAAAAACUCUGAGGGCAAAUACAUCUCUCCCUUUCACGAUGUACCCAUCUAUGCAAAUGAAGCAGAGAAUAUUUUUCAUGCCAUUGUUGAAGUUCCAAGGUGGACAAAUGCAAAGAUGGAGAUUGCCACUAAAGAUCCUCUCAAUCCACUGAAGCAAGACGUGAAGAAGGGCAAUCUUCGUUAUGUAGCAAAUGUGUUUCCCCACAAAGGUUAUAUCUGGAAUUAUGGAGCUAUACCGCAGACAUGGGAAGACCCCAACCACAAGGACAGCGACACAGGAUGCUGUGGAGACAAUGAUCCCAUCGAUAUAUGUGACAUAGGAAAUAAGGUGUGCUCUCGAGGAGAAGUAAUCAAAGUAAAGGUGUUGGGAACUCUGGCUUUGAUCGAUGAGGGUGAAACAGACUGGAAGGUCAUAGUGAUCAAUACUGAGGACCCAGAAGCUGGCAGUUUUAACAAUAUUGAUGAUGUGAGGCGACUUAAGCCCGGAUAUCUGGAGGCAACUGUUGAUUGGUUUAAAAGAUACAAAGUACCAGACGGGAAACCUGAAAAUCAGUUUGCUUUUAACGGAGAGUUCAAGGACCGGGACUUUGCCAUUGAAACAGUGAAGAGCACAAAUGAGUUUUGGAAGGCACUGAUUGCUAAGAUGACCAAUGCCGGCGAGUUAAACUGCAUGAACACCAGCGUUUCAGAUAGUCCGUUCUGCUGCUCUGCUGGGGAUGCCGAGGCAGUAGUUAAGUCUGCAUGUGCUUUUGGAGAUGAAGAACCUAUUCCAAGUUCAGUUGACAAAUGGUUCUACUAUGACCAGUGAGAAGAUACAGCCUGGGUGGAAACAGGAAAUAUGUGAAGUCUUCCCACAUCCCUCCUUCCUUGAUUCCUGUGGAUUUGAUGUGUCUUGGUUACUUCAUAUAACAUUUACUUGCUUGGUUGUUCAACCUUCAUUGGCUGAUGUGGGUUUUUUAAAAUCCAGAUCACAUGAAAGCUCUCAUUAUUUUUUGUCAUUUAACUUAAUGGGAAAUUAAUACAAUUUGAUUUUACUUUGAAAAAUAAACACUAUAUUAAACCAUGUCAACACAAUAAUUAUAUUGUCAUUAUCAUUUAUACCUGUGCUUAUCGAAAGAAUGUGGCUCUAAAGUGGAUAACAGCAUUUGAUAAGACAGACGGAAAGAAAAGGCAUAUAAACCCAUUCCUUUACAGUCUUACAUUCAAUAAUUCAUUGGGUUAUAUGACAAUAUCGGCGAUUCUACUACAUGAUGUAUGUACCGUUCCUAAGAUGUAAUACCUGUUUAAGAUUAUAAAUGACUUCCUAUUAAAGCCUUUAGCUGUG